AACAAAAUUCGAGCAACAAAAUCGUGAAUUAAACGGAAAAUCAAGUGCUACUAAUUUAUAUUUCAAGAGAGGGACAAGAAAAGCCUCAAAAUCGGUAAAGUGGACGGCAACACAAUGGGCAGCUCGGACGAUCGCGUCUAUGCUGCCGAAAAAAUCAUCCAGAAGCGCGUUAGAAAGGGUGUUGUGGAGUACCGUGUCAAGUGGAAGGGCUGGAACCAACGCUACAACACAUGGGAGCCAGAGGUAAACAUUUUGGAUCGCCGUCUAAUUGACAUCUAUGAGCAAAGUAACAAAUCCUCUGGCACGCCUUCGAAACGUGGCGCUGCGCUUAAAAAGGAAAAGAAAGAAAAGGAGCCAGAUCCAGACCCAGAGUCUGAGGAGGAUGAGUAUACAUUCACCGGCGACGAUGUACCUGAUACCAAUCAGGCAACAACCUCGACAGCUGCCGCAAUCAACGAUGGUAUUGAUAAAAAGGAGAAGGAUAAGAAACACCAUCAUCACCACCAUCAUCAUCAUCAGCAGCAGCACAACAGCAGCAACAACAACAACCAAAGUAUCAAGUCCGAACGUAUUAGUAAUCGGCGAUCUGAAUCGCCGCUAACUCACCAUCAUCAUCAUCACGAGGCGAAGCGCCUGCGCAUAGAUCACAGCUCCUCAUCGAAUUGCAGCUCAACGCACAAUGAGAAUACGUUUGUACCGGAGGCAGACACCAAUUCAUCAAGCUCAGAAGAUCAGCCACUUAUGGGUACCAAGCGGAAGGCUGAGGUUCUCAAAGAAUCGGGUAAAAUUGGUGUUACUAUUAAAACCUCACCAGAUGGACCGGCAACCAAACCGCUCAGCUCGGCGCAGGAGCAACAACAGCAGAAUUCAGCGGAUGCGCCUGCACAGCUACACAAAACAGAGCCGCAAGGGACGCCGCACAGUGCUCAGACAGAAGGUGGUGAGUCUUCUGCGCCCGCCUAUAAUGAGGAGGAGGAUGAUGAGGGUCUAACGACUGCGGGGCCACCAUCAGAGAACAAUAAUAUACCUAAACUUUCUGGCGCCCUGGCUUUAAGUCAAAAGCCACCGGUUAGCCCGCUGUCACCGCGUGCAUUGCCGCCCCGCUUCUGGCUGCCCUCCAAGUGUAAGAUGUCGAAUCGUGUGGUCAUCACAGAUGUUACUGUCAAUCUGGAGACAGUCACCAUACGAGAGUGCAAAACAGAGCGAGGAUUCUUUCGUGAGCGCGACAUGAAGGGUGAUUCCUCGCCGGUGGCUUAAAACAUCGCCUUGCUCCAUAUUCAAUUGUAAAUAGUUUUACAUAGCAAGACAAACAUCCAUACUGAAUGUUGAAAAGCAUUUUCUUUUAAGAAACAA